GAUUCCCUAGUGACUCAAAAAGUUGACCGGUUCAAAAUAGACAGAAUUUCUCGUGGCAUACAUAUUUGAUUGUGCUAGACUAUUUUCAAAAUGCUCGACGUUAACGACUUCAUUACUGAGAGGGGUGGAAACCCACAAGCGAUUAAGGACUCUCAACGCCGCAGAUAUGCACCUGAAGAGGCUGUUGAUGAAGUGAUUGCUUUGUACGAGGAUCACCGCAAAAGUAGGCCAGCAAAGACAACCAUAAUUACACAAACACUGACAGACUAUCCUAGCCCAGUACGCAGCUACACAAGUCAAUAGCAGGAUCAACGAAACUCAAAAAGCAAUCGGCGCAAAAAAGAAGGCUAAGGAGGAUGCUACCGAAUUAUUGCAGCAAAAAACAGAUUUAGAGAAGGAGAAGAAGACCUGGCUUGACGCAGCAGCAGAGAAAGAAAUAAUCCUUAAGAAAAAGAUUAGCACGAUUGGCAACAUUGUUCACGAGUCUGUGCCUGUGAACAAUGACGAGGUAAUUCCAUUUGGGCAGCAUACGAGUUUCUUCAGGUCCGGUGUGGCUAAUGGGUACUAGGAUCACAAUGAGUUACUACGCACAUGGGCCCCUGAAGGUGUUACUGUAGAGAAGAAGGACGUCCUUUCACAUCACGAAGUUCUGACGAGACUGGAUGGUUAUGACCCAGAACGUGGAGUUAAGGUUGUUGGACACAGAGGUUAUUUCUUGAAGAAGUGGGGUGUAUUCUUGAACCAGGCUUUGAUCAAUUAUGGCUUGGAGUUUUUGGAUAGCAAGGGAUAUACGCCAUUACAGACUCCGCAAUUUAUGCUGAAGGAAUACAUGGCGAAGACCGCACAAUUAGAGCAAUUCGAUGAGGAACUUUACAAGGUUGUUGAUGGAGAUGCCCAGAACGAUAAAUACCUUAUUGCUACUUCUGAACAACCAAUUUCAGCUUUCCAUGCUGACGAGUGGUUGACUGCUAAAGAUGUACCUAUUAGGUAUGUCAAGAAACUCUCGGUGCGAAAGUAUUGUACUGACUUGUGCUCAAAGAUAUGCUGGUUUUUCUUCGUGCUAUAGACGAGAGGCUGGUUCUCAUGGUAGAGAUGCAUGGGGAAUUUUCAGAGUUCAUCAAUUCGAAAAGGUAUUCAUUCUUGGCUUUUCCGACCUAGAACGCCUUUUCUAACCAUUCCAGAUCGAACAAUUUGUCCUCACCGACCCAGAAAAGUCAUGGGAGGAAUUUGACCGUAUGAUCAGCUUCUCGGAAGAGUUCUACCAAUCCCUCGGUGUUCCAUACAGAGUUGUCGCAAUCGUCUCAGGUGCUCUUAACAACGCAGCUGCCAAGAAGUAUGAUCUUGAGGCAUGGUUUCCCUUCCAAGGAGAGUACAAGGAGCUUGUCUCUUGCUCAAAUUGUACAGACUACCAAUCCAGAGCUCUCGAGAUCAGAUACGGUACCAAGACGCAAACUGAGAUCCGUAAGAAAUACGUCCACGCACUUAACUCUACUCUGUGUGCAACUGAGCGUGCAUUGUGCUGCCUCUUGGAGAAUUUCCAAACUGAAGAAGUAAGUAAAGAGAAGUACUUUAUUUUCCAGUUUUGUUUGCUGACUAUAAAUAGGGUUUCAAUGUCCCAGAGCCUCUCCGUAAAUAUCUUCCUGGUGCCCCUGAAUUUAUUGCUUUCUCCAAAGAACUGCCCAAAGAUACCACUUCCCAAAAAGCAAAGGCUAAGGUUGAUAAAGCACCAAAACCGAAGGUCGCACCGGUCGGUGCUACACCAACUGAGGCAGCGGAGAAGUUGAAGGACAUGAAGGUCUAAACGUGAUUGUGUUUUAUAUGGAAGGUGGAAAUAAAGAUCUGAGCGUGCCAGAGUUUAUGAUCAAUGAAGAGCUUGUUACUUUUCAAAUCAACAUAAAAGUUAUACGGCCUGAUAGCGUUAGAGAGAAUUUGCGUGUUAUGCAUAGGAAUCAGAUGGUAGAUACAAUAUAAAGUCAGAGACUUCCUUCAUUUCUAUAUCAGAUACAAUCUGCUGUGCGA